ACAUGUCUGUACCUAAACCCACCUAAUUCGAGAUCACGUGCCCACCACCGCCAACAUCAUCGCGACUUGGAAACCAACCCCAGCUUCUCCCAUCGAACCAUCGCCAACACGUUUGUUCGCCGUCAAGAUGCCGAAAUUCUUCUGCGACUACUGCGAUGUCUACCUCACGCACGACUCCAUGUCUGUCCGCCGGGCGCACAACAGCGGAAAGAACCAUCUGCGCAAUGUAGUCGACUACUAUCAACAAAUCGGACACGAAAAGGCACAGAGCGUCAUCGACUCCAUCACAGCCUCCUACACGGCCGAGGGCCAAGCGCACGCGAACCCUAUGCUCCCCCAGAACCAGCCUGGCCAUGGCUUUCCUCCACCACCAUUCGGCUUCCCCGGUGGCGGUCCGCCGCCCCCUUUCCCUGGUAUGCCAGGACACAUGCCUCCUCCCGGUGGCCGUGGUGCACCUCCGAUGCCUCCUUUCCCCGGCGCUCCAAAUCUGCCCAUGCCCCCGGGCGGUCUCCCAUUUCCUCCACCAGGUGGCUUCCCUCCUUUCCCUCCCGGCCAGCAAGGUGGCCCGCCGCUGCCGCACGGUUUCCCUGGGAUGCCUCCUCCCGGCCCAGGGUUUGGAGGACCGCCACCUCCCGGGUUUGGGCAGGGCCCGCCCCCUGGCCAUGAUAGGCGAUAGAGGAUAGGCACCCGUGUACGUUGAGAGACGAACAGGAGCAAUCAAUGGUUUACUGUUUUGGGCUGGCGUUCAGGAAGGAUAUACCGAGCGCGCUUCAAUGGCCGCCGCAUUCAGUGGCCACGCUAUCAUGGUAGAGUCAUAUGUAGUCAUCACAAAAAGCAAAGACAAAAGACCUGCAAGCCAAAAAA